GUUUACGAUAUUAGUUAUGUUUAUAAAAUAAGUGAUGUUCUCACGUCUGUUGUCAGUAGGCAAAAUAAGCGUGAAUAAGACACAACAUGAAAACGCCUCUGAUCUUUUUAAUUUGCAUUGUUGCAACAUUUGCAAUAAUCGAAGCUGUUCCUUGGUUCAGGCAUAAUCCAACAAAAAUAUAUGGAAAAACCGAGAGUGAAAACAAUGGCGCAGCUGAUUUUGGAGUCGAUGAGAUCGGAGUAAAUGGCGAUGAUACUGAAAUUAAAAGUGGUGAAGGUUUAACACGUGGGGACCAAAAUGCUGAUGAAAAUCAAGAUGAAGGUGAAGGACUCGAUGACGAAGGUGGUAAUGGAUAUCAAAGUAGACGUGGAUUCCAAGCUGGCCGUGGUAUACAGGGAGGCCGUAGACCUCAAGGUGGUCAUGGAAAUAAAAGCUUUGAAAGCAUCGGCGGCCGGAGGAACCUAGGUGGACGUGGAUAUCCAGGGACCCGAAGGAAUGAAGGACGACGAAACCAAGACAGUGGUGAUGACAGUGAAUACCAUAAAACAUCUGAUGAAGACGACAGCUUUGAAGAUGCCGCGCUGAGAUGGCAAGAAGUAAGACGGCGCUUUUUCGGCUACUACGGCAGACAGAACCAGGUUGGUAAGAGUUACGAGUAUCCAAGAGGCAGCAGAUUCCAAGGUCAAGGAUACCCAAGUUAUAGAGAUGAAGGUCGAAAUGGCAACGAAAAUAAUAACGAAGAAGAAGACCAAGACCAUAAUGGAUACAAAGAACUUGACAGAAAUCCAGACUCUAGUGAUGAUGAAAACAGAAGAUGGCAACAGAGUUAUCCGGGAAGUCAAGGUGACUGCGGCAAUACCGUUCGCAAUUUUGGCAAUGGCACAUUUCAAGUUGCCAGUGGAGGUCUAGAUACAAACGGAUGCCAAUAUGGCAACCAAAAUGAAAACAACGACAACAGAAAUAUGGAAUACGACGGUGACCAGGAUUACGCCGACGGCAAUCAGAAUGAAAAGCUAGCUGGUAAAGGAAACCGCGGUGGUUACAACUACGGUAGUCACAACGAGGGUCAAGCCGGUAGCAGGGGCCAAGCUGGCUUCAGGGGUCAAGCUGGCAACACGGGUGAAGCUGGCUUCAGGGGUCAAGUUGGCAACAGGAGUGAAACUGGCUUCAGGGGUCAAGCUGGCAACAGGGGCGAAGCUGGCUUCAGGGGUCAAGUUGGCAACAGGAGUGAAACUGGCUUCAGGGGUCAAGCUGGCAACAGGGACGAAGCUGGCUUCAGGGGUCAAGUUGGCAACAGAGGUGAAACUGGCUUCAGGAGUCAAGCUGACCACAGGGGCCGAGCUAGUAACAAUGAAGAAAAUGGGGAUGAAAAUCAAGGCCACAAUCGUAGUAUAAACAGAGAUUCACGCAGGAUACCGAACAUUAUGAAUAUAGGAAAUGGCGAAGGAAAUAGGAACACUGUUUAUUUACAUUAGUCUAGGCUAUGGGUCUUUGAAAUGAAAACUCGUGAAAGAUCGUGAUAUGAAAAUUAACCAUGGUUGCCACUUUUCUCGAAUCUGGAAGUAGGUACUAUUUUGAGCCCUUUACUUUAAUGAUAUGGCAAAAAUCGUUUUGAAGUUAUUUGUAACAUCUUAACGUUUAAAGUAUGUUCAUUGUUAUCUUUUCCAAAGUAACAUUCCGUUUCUGAACUCGGCUACAUUUAGUAACAGCAUGUAGCCGACAACUAGGGACUUAAUGCAAAUUAUGAUUUUUUUAAUUAUAUUAUGAUAAUAAUCAAUAACACACUAAUGUAACAGUCAAGUAUUUUUUUAUAAAAGGUGUAAACCAGUAUGAGCUAUGAGCAGCUUUAUAUAAACACUUUAUUAAAUUAAAAUAUUACAAAUUACAAUCGAUUUAAAUACUACAUUCUUAAUAGAACCUUAAGUUACUCUCGUAAUAUUUACAAUGCGGUCAACUCAUACUCACAUUAUAAAAUUAAAAAUUGAUUUCAGAAGGCUUUAAGUACUUAACUGGGUUUUAAGUUUAGAUUAUUAUUAUGAUCUUGUGUCCGUUUUAUCACCCGUUAUAAAUAAUAAAUAAUUAAUAACUA